AUGUAUAAUCAAGGGAAUCACGGUUCGAAUUCGGGGCAGGGUUCAACCCCUCCACCUCCGCCUGUACUGCUGCCACCGCCACCACCACCACCAUUGGGUUAUCAGCAGGCAUUGCCGCCUCCUCCACCGCCGCCUCAUUUUCAGCAUUUUGUCCCACCACCCCCACCAGCAGCUCCGCAUGUUUAUUUACAUGGAUCCCCGCCCAUGCCAAAUACAAGACCUUCUUAUUCUAUCCCUUCACAAAUGCACCAUGGAAAUGGCAUGGCUCAACAAACUUUCCCUAUCGUUCGACAAAAUUCGCAACAUUCUCCGAAUUUAGGUGUCCUCAGUCAUACCAUUACGCGCCCAGUUCCUCCCUCUAUUGGCCACUCUCGUCUGGAGACAUCUUGGGCUCCUAGGCUGCCGAGUAGAGUGUUGCCACCUCCUCCCUCUUCUUCCCAAGGACAAAUUUUGCAUAAUCAUCAUCUUCCUCCUCCACCACCUCCACCCCGUUUUCAUGCUCCGUCUCCUGACGGAGUUUAUGGGCAUUCACCGCUUGGGAAUUACCACCACAUGCCUUCCAUCGCCCCUCCACCGUCACUACCACCAUUGCCAAGCUCUCCGCCACCAGUUCUGCCAUCUCCUCCACCUCCUGCCCCUCUUAUAGCUUCUACAUCCUCCCAAGCUGCAUGCACUGAUGACCCAUACUCUACAGAGCUUCCUAGCUUUGAAUCAAAGGCUAUGGGGUCAGUAGAAGGAUUUGCAGCUUCCUGUCCGUCUGGUACUGUGCCUGUACAUAAUUCUGAUUCUGAAGCCAGUCAAGAUGUUGGAAAUUGUGGUGAUGUUGCUCUGGAUUCCCUCAGAGAUGAGCUAUUGCCAACUAAAAGUGUAAUAUUAGAUCUCCCCCCACCUCUGCCCCAGCCAGCAGAAGAAAACACUGUAAGUGAUGAUUCUGACAUGGAGAUGGAAGAUGAUAUCACACUUUCUGACAAAGACCAAGGAUCAACUUUUGCAACUGAAGGGGUAUCUCAGCCGCAUGAUCCGGUUGAUGAGGUGUUUAGCAUUAAUGAGAAAAUACAGAGUAUGCAGAGUUCAACACAAGACGAACCUGCCAAGGGCAUCUUAUCCAGUGGUGUAUCAUGCUCUGGAUCCACAGGAGUCAGCAAAAAAAAUGAAGGACUAGGAUUUGCAUCUGAUGUUGAGCCCAUGAAAUCUGCAAGAUCAGAUACCAAGGUUCUUAGUUCCGUGAAAGACUCGAUUGAAUUGGCUGAAUCCCUUCCAAACACUGGGCCGGGAAGAUUGGAAGCUUCUCUAGACAAGGAUUUUAUAAGAAAUGGUACUUCUGAUCACGGCGAAGCAACCAAUCCCAAUAGAGAUUCUGGGCAACUUAUGAGGAUCGACAGCCCGAUUAGACUUCUUCAAAAUUAUGCUUCUGAUGAAACUUCAGAUAAUGAAGAUGGAGGUUGUACAGAAGAUGCUAAUAAUGUUAUUACAGACUCUGCAGGAGCUGAUUCUUGUGUUCCGGAUGCCCUUAAAGAUUGCAAGAGUAAUUUGGAGACUGGGCUUGGAUUUGAAAGUCCCUCUUAUACUGAAAAGGCGUUUGGGCUGCUCUCCAAAGCAUCACAGAAUAAUUCAGAAAUAUCUCCAUGCUUAGUACAGGAGCCCGAGGUGUCUGUUAAUUUUGCUUCUUCAGUUGAAGCUUUACAAGGAGAAGACAGGUUAGGUGAUACUGGUUUUGACAUGGAUAGUAAGAGUGGUACUGCUGAACAAAAACGUGAGAAGGAAACCUCAAAGUUUGAACCAACUGUUUUAAAAGUAGAUGAAUUCGGGAGGCAUAUCAGAGAUGGUGCUUCAGAUAGUGCCUCUGAUGUAUCUCGCAGUCAUCGGACUAAGAGGACGAACAAAAGAGAUAGAAGCCGGAGUCGCAGCCGGUCUCGAUCUCCCAUUGACAGAAGGAGUAGGAGAAGAAGAAGAAGUCCUCGGAGGAGAAAGGAUAAAAGAAGCCUCUCUCGCAGCUGGUCUCCUCGGCGGCGUAGAAGCAGGAGUAGGUCUCCAAUCUUAAGACGUUCAGGUGACAUUCAUGGGGAAAAUGUGAGAAGAGACAAGGAUCAAUGCUUUGAUUUCUUACGUAGAAAGUGCUAUCGUGGAGCAUUAUGUAGGUUUGCUCAUCAUGAAUCUGACAGGAGUGCUACUUCAAGGCGCUCCAGGAAUAAACAUGAUCUGGAAUUCGAUUCUCGUGAAAAAAUUUCUAGGGUUAAUGAGGAAGUUAAGAGUAUUUCUUCUAAAGUGUCAGAUUAUGAGCAUGAUGGAGUCAGAAAUCAGGACACAGAUCUUCACCAGAAUAUAACUGGCCGGGAAGUAGUGCAAAGAAAGGAAGAUUUUGAGGGCCGAGCUGUUGUGUCUACUACCUUUGGUAUCCGUGGUCAAUCGUUUAAUAGCAUUCCAAGUUCUGAUGGUGUUAGAGAGGUUUCUCCUAAGGUGCAUGAAACCUUAGUAGUUGGAGAAAAGCCCAAGACUUCAAUACAUGAAAGUGAUAGCUUUCAGAAUGCAUUACGUUCUCAUCAGCAGCACUUGGUUGAUGACUUUCAGCCUGAAGCUUUAAAUCAUGCUGAUGCUUCUAAACCAUCUGGUGGUACAUCUAAAGAUGUUAUUCCAUCAGAAGAUGGUUCAUUUGUUCAGCAACUACAAUCCAAUGUUGCUGUUGAAAUUCCAGAACAUUCUGGUGGUACAUCUAAAGACGUUCUUCUUUCAGAUGAUGGUUCAUUUGUUCAAAAUCUACCAUCCAAUGUAUCUGUUGGAGUUCCCGAACAUUCUGGUUACCCAUCUCAGCUUCUAAAUGUGGCCGGUGUGACUGGUUUGUCAUCUGAUAAAAGAUCUGCUAAUGAGGUUUCUGGUAGUGAAUCUUUACCAUUUACGUUACCAUCUAGACAACUACACACUAGUUCUGUUGGUCCAUGUGUAGCAUCAGAGCAGCCUUCGUUGUACCCUCAGGGUUCUAAAGAGUUACCUCCACGAAGUGUUUCAUCGGUGCAAAUCCCUCUACACACUUACCCAUUGCCAGCUUUUGCUGGUUCACAUUUCCAGGGUGAAAAUUCCGGGCAUACGCCACAAAUUCCAAGACAAUAUGGUGUGGUGCAGCAAAAUGCAUUAUUUCCUUUCCAAUCUCCUUACCCACCUCCGUUACAGACCCCAAAUUCUCAUUUCAGUGUACCGCCUCAUAGCAAUUGGACGUCCUUGCCACCACCACCACCGCUGCCGCCACCACCACCACAGGCCGUGUAUAAUUCCAGUUCAAACUUGGGUGUUGCAAAAUCUUUUAUUUCUUCCGAAUAUAAUCAGAAUCAACUGCAUUCGAGAGCUGAUUAUGUUUCCCAGACUUCCUUGAUUCCUGGGUUACCAUCUAAUUCUCAAAAUUCAAAGUUUGAGGAUCAAGCUUACCCUCCAAUGCAGGACCAUUCACAAACUAUCAUGCGUACAAAACCUCUCUCUCCCAAGCAUCUCCAUCAGGGGCACCCGGCAUACCAAUCACUUUCAAGCUCCACAUCUUUUGGUGGCCAGCAUCAUCAACCAAAACAAUUUUCCUGGGAGUCAGAUGUGAACAGACCACAACCUUCAUUGGGCGGCAGGUUGCCUCCUGAAGGACAUUUCAGCACUUCCUCCCACAUUCAUCCAUUAUCACAGCAACAGCAAUCAGUUCAUAAUUUUCAAUAUACUUCAUGUGAUGUUAAUUUGGCUGGAUCUGGAGGAACUGCUACUGUAUCCAGAUAUCCACCAGAUAUUCCUGAUAGCAACCAUCCAACUUCUCUUUCGCCUUUGGGAGCAUCAAGAGUUUCCGCCCAUUAUAAUCCUUAUGCAUCAACCUUUGAGCAGCCGCUAAGUUCAAAAUUCAGUUCAAGCUUUUUACGACAAGAAAACGAUAUAGUUUGUGGUAACAGUUAUGAUCCUUCUAGAUAUAGGGAAGGGGAUAGUGUUGGGUCAAGACAUACGGCAUCGCCAAAACCAGCAGGAGCUGUUGGUCAGAUCUUGCCAGGGUCUGGUGAACAAUAUGAUCCACUUUUUGACAGCAUUGAACCAUCGUCAUCUUUGAAGAAAUUUGAUUUUGAGCAAAAGCAGGAAGUUACAGGCGAAUCCAAUUUCAGCCUAAGGCCUAAAAGUUCUCAUAUGUCUUUGGAUGCCAAAGAGAAGAAGCACGAGAAGGUUGGGGCUGUUGCCUCUACCAGUUCUCUAAAUAAUGAUGAAUAUGGUGAGACAGCAGAUGCUGAAGUGGGUGCUGUUGACAAUGAGAGCCUAAGUAAUGAUGUGGAUGGUGCAAACAUGUCUCCGGAGGAGGAUGAGAUUAAUCAGACCAAAUCUCCAGGGAAAAGAAAGAAGAGCAAGGAUUCUAGAUCAAUGAAAUUAUUCAAAGUUUCCAUUGCAAACUUUGUAAAAGAGGUUUUGAAACCAUCAUGGCGACAGGGUAAUAUGAGUAAGGUGGCUUUCAAAACCAUUGUGAAAAAGACUGUAGACAAGGUGUCGGGAGCCAUGAAAGGCCACCGUAUACCCAAAUCUCAAGAGAAGAUAAGUCAAUAUAUUGACUCAUCACAGCGAAAGUUGACUAAACUUGUGAUGGGUUAUGUUGACAAGUAUGUCAAGGUGUGA